CUUGACUGGAGGAGGGGCAUCGUCGCAUCGACACUUGUAGCAGCGCGAGGACCACAGUAACCUCCACGCGCUCAUCUGUGUAGGUCUGUCCUCCUUAAAUCCGUCAGGAGUGGAUCUGCCAGCCUCCCCUCUCCAUUACACCCUGAAACCUGGGAUGACCUUUUGUUGCUGCCCUCUCUACCUCCUGUUUUCCUCCUUACCCCUCUCCUCCCCUUUCCUAAACUCCCCUCCUCCUCCUCAUUCUCCUCGGUGUCUCCCAGCCUCGGGUUUAUUACUCUGGACUGAAGGGAGCGACACAGCGGCUUGCAGAGGAUGAAGAGGGUCUGCCUGCCAACUCCAGACAGAGGAUAGAGGGAACAAAAGGAGAGAGAGACACAGAGAGUAACGACUGGUGGACAAGAGAGGCAACGAUUCAAAAUGCCACGACGAAGGAAAAACACUUGAGCGUCAUGAGCUAGCAAGGGGCCCCUAAAACACAUCUUCUUCAACAAACUUCUUGCUGUGGAGACACUCACACACUCUCUCCUGCUCCUGGCGCUCCUUGUUAACACCUGAUAUGCCUCUGUGAGAAAGUGAGAGCCAUGCCAGCCAAAGGGAAAUACCUGCUGAACGACCAGGAGCUGAAAAAUGAGGUGCUGUACCGCAAGUUCUCGUACAUCAGCCAGUACCAGCCGCUGGUGCUGCUGCUGGGCCUCUCCAUGCUCUCCUGUGUCAUCCUCCUCAUCCUCUUCUUCGCCCUGCAACUGAGUCCAUCGGAGCACUGUGCCUUUGUGAGCGUGGUGAGCGGCAGCCUGUGUGUGUUCCUGUGUGUGUUCGUGCUGGUGUGUACGGAGAUGCUGUCGCAGCGAUGGAGGCAUCUGCUGGGUCUCAUCGUCUGGGCCACGCAACUCACCAUGGGCUACACCUUCAUCUUCAGCGGGCCCAUCAUCCUGCCCUGGGACCAGGUGCCUUUCUUCCUCUUCAUCAUCUUCACCGUGUACACCAUGCUGCCCUUCCAGCUGUGGUACGCCGUGGUGCUGAGCGUCGUAUCCUCGCUGUCUCACAUCAUGGUGCUCACUCUGCGCCUCACCGUCUACGAAAAGAAGCCCCCUGAUUACCUCGCCUACCAGCUUCUGUCCAACGCGGUGGUGUUCCUGUGUGGCAACGUGGUGGGAGCCUUCCAUAAAGUCCUGAUGGAGAAGACCCUCCGUCAGACCUUUCAGGACACCCUGAGGUGCCUCAGCAUGCGCAUGAAGCUGGAGAUAGAGAAAAGACAACAGGAGAACUUGCUGCAGUCUGUGCUUCCUGUCUACAUCUCCAUGAAGAUGAAACUUGCCAUCAUGGAGCGCCUGCAGGACUGUAAGGACAAAGAGGAGCAGCAGCGCCUCGUCAAAGACAACAACUUCCACAGUCUGUACGUCAAGAGGCACGAGAACGUCAGUAUUCUGUAUGCCGACAUCGUUGGCUUCACGCAGCUGGCCAGUGACUGUUCUCCCAAAGAGCUCGUCAUCAUGCUCAAUGAACUGUUUGGAAAAUUUGAUCAAAUUGCCAAGGAAAAUGAAUGCAUGAGAAUCAAAAUCCUGGGAGAUUGCUACUACUGUGUGUCGGGGCUGCCGGUGUCUCUGCCUAGACACGCCAAGAACUGCGUCAAAAUGGGCCUGGACAUGUGUGAAGCCAUCAAGCAGGUGCGUGAUGCCACAGGAGUGGACAUCAACAUGAGGGUGGGGGUGCACUCGGGAAACGUGCUCUGCGGCGUCAUCGGCCUCCGAAAGUGGCAGUUUGACGUGUGGUCACAUGACGUCACGCUGGCCAAUCACAUGGAGUCUGGAGGCCUUCCUGGUCGUGUUCACAUCACAGAGGCGACUCUGAAGCACCUGAAUAAAGCGUACGAAGUGGAGGAUGGAAACGGCCACCUCAGAGACCUUUACCUGAAGGAGAGCAACGUCCAGUCGUACCUGGUCAUUGAUCCUCGGUCUAAGGACCCGUCGUUGAACAGCCGCAAUGCCGUUAAACCUCGAGUGAACGACGGUCUGAAGAUGAGGGCGUCGGUGAGAAUGACUCGAUACCUGGAGUCCUGGGGGGCCGUCAAACCUUUCGCCCACCUGCAGAACCGAGAGGGCUUCACCCCGGAGGCUAUCGUCAACGGGAAGUCACGCCUCAAGGACAUCCCUCUACGGUCUACCAUCUCCAGGAUCACUGAGAGCUUUGAGGAGUCUCUAGAGGAACCGUUCUCCUUGCCCUCGGCUCCGUUCAGCAGCUAUAAGAACAAAUCCCAGAAGAGCAAGUUUGACGAGGAGCUGCACAACGAGAUGACCACCACCAUCGAUGAGCUCAGCAGCAAGCAGUGGUCUAAGACUGAAGAAAGUGGCAGUUUAGCUCUGUGGUUUCCAAAGAAAGAUCUGGAGAAACAGUACCGAGCCCUGGACCUGCCGAUGUUCAAACAUUACGUCGGCUGUGCCACCGUCAUCUUCCUCUGCAUCUUCUUGGUUCAGUUGUUUGUCACAGAGGAUCGACAGAUGUUGGGCACGUCGUUCGGGGUCCUGGUGUGUGUGCUGCUGCUGACCCUGGCCAUCUGUUUCGCAGGUCACUUCCAGCGCCUGUUUCCAGAGAAGCUGUCUCAGUGCCAGUGGCUGCCCGCCGUGUCCGAGGCGGUGGUGAAGCGGCCGUGUGUGCGCCUCCCUCUGGCCACCAUCACCACUGCGGUCAUUGUCAUCCUGGCAGUAUUCAACCUGUGCUUCGUCCAAACACCGGUGCCAACGUGCGUCUCUGAAAUGGACGAGCUGCGUCCCACCAACGACUCCCAGGAGCAGGGAUCAGAGGAGGAGCUCUUCUACCUGCCUUACUCGGUGUACUGCUGCAUCCUCUCGCUCAUCGCCUGUGGAGUCUUCCUCCGCGUGAGCUUCGAGCUCAAAGUGCUCUUCCUCACCCUGGCCUCCACAGCGUACUACAUCAUCAUCCUCAGCACCAACAGGGAGCUCUUUGUGGUCUACGGGCACUUCCUGAAUGGCAGCGGGAACUGCAGCAGCAGAGACGAUCACAGCGUCCUGAGAUGGCUGGGUCUGGUGAAACACCCUCAGGUGAUGAGCUGCAUCUACAUCACUCUGUUCCUGGUCACCAUGCUCAUCAUCUCCCAGCAGAACGAGUCGUGCUUCCGGCAGGACUUCCUGCUGAAGUACAAGAACCGCACGGAGCAGGACGAGAUCGAGACCCGGGAGAACCUGAACCGCCUGCUGCUGGAGAACGUGCUGCCGGCACACGUCGCUGCGCUGUUCGUCGGCGAGAACAAGAAGAACGAGGACCUCUACUAUAAGUCCUAUGACUGCGUGUGUGUGAUGUUCGCCUCGGUGCCGGAUUUCAAAGAGUUUUACACCGAGUGCGACAUCAACAAAGAAGGCCUGGAGUGCCUGAGGCUGCUCAACGAGAUCAUCGCUGACUUCGAUGAGCUGCUGUCCAAGCCCAAGUUCAGCGGGGUGGAGAAGAUCAAGACGAUCGGCAGCACGUACAUGGCCGCCGCGGGGCUCAGCGGGACGCCCGGGCACGAGAACAAUCAGGACAAAGAGCGGCAGCAGGCUCAGAUCGGGAACAUGGUGGAGUUCGCCAUCGCUCUGAUCGGGAAGCUGGACGGCAUCAACAGACACUCCUUCAACAGCUUCCGGCUGCGCGUGGGUAUUAAUCACGGCCCAGUGAUAGCCGGAGUGAUCGGGGCGAGGAAGCCUCAGUACGACAUCUGGGGAAACACGGUGAACGUGGCGAGCCGCAUGGAAAGCACCGGGGAGCUCGGGAAGAUCCAGUUGACGGAGGAAACGUCCGAGGUGCUGCACAAGCUGGGCUACUCGUGUGAGUGUCGGGGAUUCAUCAACGUGAAGGGCAAAGGCGAGCUGAAAACCUUCUUCGUGUGCACCGACAUGAGCAAGCAGCAGGGCAUGGGUCUGAGCUGAGGACACACACCAGUUUACUGCUGCACGCCUCCACACACAGAAAUAUGAAAGACCCCGCAGUGUGGUGGAUGCGAGAAAAACUGGAAAAACAUUUUUGUACUCCGGAGCUGUUGAGCGGAUCAGGAUGUGUCUGUCAUGGUGGAGCGAAAACGGACAAUCGCCAUCUUUUUUCUACGCACAUUAACGUCCAGUGAUCACUUUUGUACUUUUUCCUCUUGUCUUUAACGUAGAUGUUGUCGUACUAAUGCCAAAUAAUACAGGUAAAGGAUGUACAGGCCUUUUAAAAAAGAAACAAUGGAUACUGUUUGGAUCAUAACUUCAAUGGGUUUAAAGACGGGAUGCUGUUACUGUGUAAUGAGCGUAACAUAUGUAAGACAGCUGUUUCUAAAACAGAAACUGGCUGAUUAAGAUAUUCAAAUCAAUUGUCUUGCUCAUUUCUUUGGGUUAUAUUCACAUCACGACGCUUGAAAAAUAUCCUGAAGUGACUGCAUCAAGACUUUAGCUCUUUGUGUGACAGCUUUGAGAUCUGCCAGAGAAACAAGAUAUUUGCUGCAUUUCUAAGAGGAAAUAUGUGCCGUGUGUACAUCGUCUGUUGAAGCGUUUGUUCUGCUGCACAGAGGUUACCUUACCCCCGCCUGCUGUGAAUGUUUUUCUGCCUCCGGCUCAGACUAUCACCUGAACUGAUGUCACUUUGUCCUGUGGCCUUAUCGUCUGUAAUCGUGGUUACAUAAUAAUAAUAAUAAUAAUGUAUUGGCCUUCAUGUGAACAAAUGUGACAUUGACUUUUGUACAGUGACAGAAUGUAAUAAAUGUUUUCCUAAGUCUGCA